ACACUACAACAUCGCCAAAAAAAUGUAGUGACCUAAAACAGUUGUUGUAACGUAACGUCCGGGACUCUAUCUCUCUUUGUUUUUCCUCCAGCCUCUAUGAUUUCCGGAAGUUAUGUCAUUAUUUUCAAACACUUGGUAGGAGUGAAGAAUGAGAAGUUGAUAUGGAGAGUGUAAUUGAAAGCACAGAAAGAGAUACAAAGAAAGAAAAACAACCUGAAUGUGAGAGUUGCUCAUCGAUACAGGGGGCUGUAGAAAAAUCUGAAGCAGCUGCGAACAAACAGUGUAGCAGACUUGAUCCACAGGAAGAAAAGACAAAAGCUGCCUUUGUAUCUAACAAACGGGACUUCAGUGAUCCAGUUUAUAAAGAAAUUGCUGCUUCCAAUGGCUAUAUUAACCGAAUGUCUAAAGAGGAGUUAAGAGCUAAACUGGCUAGCCUGAAGCUGGAAACUAGAGGUGUAAAAGAUGUCCUGAAAAAACGUUUAAAAAGUCACUAUAAGAAGCAGAAACUGUUACAAGCAGCACAAACAGAGGCUAGCAGCACAGAUACAUAUUAUGAUUUUAUCUGUGUCAUUGAUUUUGAAGCAACAUGUGAGGAAAACAACCCAAAUGACUUUCUACAUGAAAUUAUUGAAUUUCCAAUUGUACUGAUCAACACACGGACACUGGAAGUGGAAGACACCUUUCAGAAGUAUGUAAAGCCUGAAGUUAAUAUCCAGCUGUCUACAUUUUGUACCAGAUUAACAGGAAUUACUCAGGACAUUGUUGACAAAGCUGACACAUUUCCUCAGGUGCUGCAGAAUGUUAUUGACUGGAUGAAGAGCAAAGAUUUGGGAACCACCUACAAGUAUGCUAUCCUAACGGAUGGAUCAUGGGAUAUGAGCAAGUUCUUGAAUGUUCAGUGUCGGAUAAGUCGAAUCAAGUAUCCACUGUUUGCCAAGCAAUGGAUCAAUAUUCGCAAAUCAUAUGUGAAUUUUUACAAGGUUCCAAGAUCAAGCACCAAGUUAGAAAGUAUGCUGGAGAAACUGGGCAUGGAAUAUGAAGGCAGACCUCACUGUGGACUUGAUGAUUCCAAGAAUAUAGCCAGAAUAGCUAUUCGAAUGCUUCAAGAUGGUUGUGAAUUAAGGGUAAACGAGAGGAUGCAUGCAGGGCAGCUUAUGACUGUGGCUUAUACAGUGCCAAUAGAAGGUGGGCCACCACCUCAGUUUCCUCACAGUAGAGACUAAAAACACAGCCUUGAACUGAACAUUGUAGAUUGAGGCUUAAAAGAUCUUACUGAGGGUAUUUCCCUGCAGAGAGAACAUUUGAUAAGAACUUGCUGUCUCUUUAUGGAUGAAUGCUGCCCUUGGUAUGGUUUGUAUUGGUGCACUUUGUAAUUUAAUUUGUAACCACAAAAACUAUUAAUUAUGUUUUUAAUGGAUUUUAAUUUUUAUUAAAUGUUUCAGCAUUGUAAUUGUGUUAUAGCCAAGUUGCGGUUUGCUUUCUUGGUUCCCUAUAACAUAAUAUAUUGUUGAUAAGGCCAAGGUUUAAAACUGCAGGUAAUGUAAGAUGAAUUUAUCGAAGCAUGAAUAAUGACAGUUCUGUGGGAGUUGUGAAAUAAUGUAAGCUCAUUGAGUGUACUGCAGAAGUCAUUAACCUUUAAAGGAAAUUGCUGUGGUCAAAAGACCCAGAGUAUGGGUUAAAAGUUAUAUAUUCAGGCAGAUUCCUUCCUUUUUUAAUAACUGUAGCUAAUUCCCCAUCCCCACAAAGAUGGCAUUCUUCCAUGCAGCAUUGUGUGACAUCACAUUUUCUGUUUAAUGUAUGCACUUUAAACAAUGGCUAGCUGCUCAUCCCAUCACAAAUGACUUUCUCCCAUACAGUGUUCUGUGACAUCACAUUUUCCUUUCCUCUUAAAGAAUUAUGUUCCUGUUAGGCACAGCCACAUAUUUGUUGAGAAGUUGCAUAUUUUCAUAGAACAGUGCCAAUGUAAAAUUCACAGACAAUUGAAGCCCCUAACCUGGGUGAAAUUAAUACACUUCUAUGUUACCAAAACGUUGUGGCAUGCUUAUGAGAAAAAAAAAAAAUGAACCACAAACUCCCUACUACUUUGAAGGUUAGAGCCCUAACCUAUGGUGGAAAAUUUCCUACACCUUAUGGUUAAAUAAUUCUGAGAUCACACUACCAACAAAAAGGGAGAGCAAUAGUCCAAAAGCUACACAAAACACCAAAAGAACAGCGGACUAUAGGAAGCGGCAAAACACAUGUAGCUAUGUAAAACUAACAAAAUGUAUUAGUAUUAAUGCAAUUCAGGAUACAUUCACAGCAUUUUCGUACACAAAAUAGCAGACUUCAUCAGAUACAAUCAAUAUUUGACUCCAUGCGCCAAUAUAUACCCAUAAGUCCUGUUAGUUAAUCAAUCAAUUGAAUAAUUAAAAAUUUUAGUUAAUAUACUUUUUUAAAAGAACCAUGAAACUAAAAAUGUAGGAUGCUAGAAAUGCAUUAAAAUGCUACUAAAAAUAUUUUAUACAUAAAUAAAAAUGUGUUUGAUGUUUGCAGACCUAACGAUAAUAUGAACAAAUAUAUACAGCAGUUCAUGUGAUGAAAUACAAUAAAUCAAGAGAAUACCUUGAAUACUUAAAAAUGUACUAAAUGCUAAAUAGAAAUUAAGUCUCAUUCUGAGAUCACCAUGUCUUGGAACAAAGUGCAAGUAUCUUUUUGUUGCAGUUUUGAAAAGCAAGGAUGUAGUCAACAGUUGAAAUUGACCUUGCUCAACAGAACCUGCUUUGGCCAAACACAGAGCUGGUUUACUGCAAGGAUCAAAACUAGUCAUUAAGUCUGUAAGAUCUCUGGAUGAUUUUUCUCUACUAGAAUAUUGUUUAUAUAGCCGGCUACAUUUGAAGUGGCAACUGUAUAUGAGAAAAAAGCCUUGUUUGGCUUACACGGGUAUUGUUUCUAUAUUUUAGGCACACAGUUGCUCACUUCUUUGAUGUAUGUGACAAAAAAUUAUUCUGGAAAAUGAGUUUGUGUUUUAGGCAUGUUCCUUUCGAUUCAGUUCCUAAAAGGCAAAUGCGAUUGAGACAAGUUUCUGUGAAUUAAGUCUUACUUGGCAGUAUGAAUGCACUGAACUUUUUAGCAGGCUGUUAUGAUUAUUUUUAAAAUGUUUGGUCCAGAAGUGAACUAUCCAGACAUUUAAAGGACAACUGCACUCUUCCUACUGAUGUUGUUUAUCUCAUCUCAGAGUUUCUUUUCUCUGUCUAAAAUGUCAUCACAAUAUAGUAUCCAGAAACCUU